UUUAAAUUUUAUUUUCCAGAACAAACAAAUAAGUUAAAAUUUAAAAUGCAAGUUUUAUUUUGCAUCAACGUAAAGAGCAAAAUAUGAACGAAUCGUCAAAUAGCCGAGCUGCUUUAGCGUUUGGUUUACACAACAACGCUCUUGGGGGAAGUUUGCUUGUCAUAAAUGUGUUUAUCAUACUUUUAAACUUACUAGCCAUAAUUGUUAUUUGGAGACUAAAGCAUAAAAAAGCAAUCGAUAUAUACGUGUUAGCGUUAGCACUAUCAGAUUUUUGUAAAGGUUUAAUUCCUGUUCCAAUAACAGUUUAUAUUUAUCUAUCUGAGUGGCAUCUUGUUAACGAUAGUGACUUGUGUAAUUUUUACGGCUGGAUUGCAUUUACCACAAACUCUGGAUCAAUGCUUAUUUUAACUUUUAUGGCGUUUGAGAGGUAUUUAGCUAUUGUCAAACCUUUUACACAUAGAAACUAUGUAACCGAGAAAAAUGUUAUCUUAUCUGUGUUAACUGCAUUUGCUUUUACUGGAUUGCAUUCAGCUCUACCACUACUCGGGCUCGGUAGAAUGGUUUCAUAUUUUAAAGGUGCUUAUUGCCACUUUGACUACUCCAAUCACUCUAGUGGUACAAUUGCGUACUCCCUUUUUAUAGUGGUUUAUGGCUUCAGUAUGAAUAUUGUGGUAUUAAUCUCAUAUGUCAUUGUCUUUUAUAAAAUAAGAAACCUAAUACAACGUCAUCGAAAAAUGGCAAAUAAAAUUAAAAGAAAAGCUAAAUGGAACUUAAAAACAGAAAAAAUGUUUUCGUAUUUAACUGUUGUUCUAAUGGUCAUAUUUUCGUUUACAUGGCUUCCAUUUCUUAUUGUCGUCCUUUCUGUUCUUCUGGGCGCAAAGAAUCAAUUAGAAAAGUUAGAUUUGUUUGCAAUGAGAGUGGCAGUGUUAAACUCUAUGUUAAAUCCAAUUGCCUAUGCUACUUUAUGCAAACCCUACCGCAUUGGAGUGGUAUCUUUAUUUCGAAAAUGUUGCACGAAAAAGGGAUAUAUAAAUCCAGAAGAAAAAGAUCCAUGGACACGCAUUGAUAGCAUUACUAGAAAAAGAAAUGUAAGAACAGAAACAAUUUCGUCACUGUCAGAAGAUUUGACGCCAGAUGCUGAAAAAUUUGGGGAAACGAACCGAUCUCGAUUACCAUCGGAACUUGAAGAAAAUGAAAAACAGCGGCUGAUGUCAAAAAAACGAGAAAAACUGAUAAAGUUUCAGGAGGAGCUCAAAAAAGUAACUGAAGAUAGUGAAAGUACGCCUACAUUGUUAAGAAGUUACAGUAAAGAAACAAAAAUGGCAAAUGAUUCCGAUAGUUCUGUUACCGCUGUUUCGUUAAGCACUUGCGAAGAAGAAAGUGAACAUCACGGCAGCUUCACUCGUAGUAACAAAAGUUACAAAAAAAAUUUUUCAAAGCAGCAGAUGCAAUCGAUUGAAAAUAUUACACAGAGUGUUCAUUUGACUCUUAACAAAGUAGAGUGUGUUUCUACGCAUGAGGAAAAUAAACAUCUUGGUAAAUCAUUUUUUAAAAAGGCAGAUGUGACAUACGACGAAAGUACUAUGACAUCAGAUAAUAAUAAAAAAAAUAUCGAAACAAAUAAAUAUAAUGUAAAAUAUAAUAGCGAAAAAAAAAAAGAUGUGAAAGUAGAAAUAAAAAGCAAUGGUGAAGAGAGUUUGUCUACAAAAACAACAAGAUGUCAAACAAAAAAACAAGUUAAAGAAGAACAUAUAAAGGAAAAUUUAACAAAAUUUAAAAUAUCAAAUAUUGAAAAAGAGAGAAAGGAAAAAAAGAGUUUUGAAAAGAAUUCUUAUUCAGAAAAUAAAAGAUUCGAAUAUUUUAUAAAAAAACAUACAAAGAGUUUUCAAAAAAGCAAUGAUGAAAACGUAAGAACACUUUCUAUUUCAAAGGCAUUUGAUACUUGAAUCUGACAACACAUCGGGAUUUCAAAAUUGG